AAAAUGAGUGCAAAUACAAAUGUACAAAUAAAAAGAAAACGUGAAAAACUAAACAAUAAAAGAUGGACUGAUGCCGAAAUAAAGCAAUUAUUAGAAUAUCUGCAAGAACGACAAGAUUUUGAAAAGCCCACAGCCCAAAUAUUUUACAGAAAGUUUUUGCAAGUAACAGAGUUAGAUGCAUGUUGGGACAUUGUCCGAUGGAAAGUCAAAAAUCUUAAAUCAAAUUAUAACAAAGCUGAGACUUGGAGAAAGUCGACCGGAGCAGGUUUGCUUGAAGCCGAUGAAGGCGUCUCAUCAGUACAAGAUAAAUUAAGGAAGAUGUGUCGAUUUUACGACGAAUUGCACAACAUUUUUGGGAAUAAAACACCCGAAUUCCCCUUUGAAAUAUAUGACAGUGCGAUUUCUACUAAUAUUGGGCUUAAUAGCACUCCAGUCACUGAAAGCACAUUAGAUGACCAAAUAGACUUUUGUGGGUUUGCAAAUCUAGAAGAAUACUGCUCAAUCCCAGUCAUACAAUAUACAGGUUCUGUAGACAUAGAAGGUGAAUCCGCCGACAUGCAACCUUCAUCGUCAUGUUCACAGACUUCAGCUUUAAACGAACCAUCUUCACCUACAGAAACUAAUGGAAACACUGGUUUGCAGAAUAAAAAUAAAGCAGUGCAAGAAUUUGCAGCAAAAUUAAAAAGAGCUGCACCAAAAAACGCUAUAGAUCAACUUUCAUUGAUCCAAAGUGAAAGAAAUUCCUUUCUAAAAUUAAAAAUUUAAUUUGAAAAAGAAAAAUUUAAGAAAGAAUUUGAACUGAAGGAAAAGCAGUUUGAAGAGGAAGUAAAUGAGCGAAAGGAAAAACUAACACAGAAAAAAUAGAAAUGGAAGAAGAAAUAAAAGAAAAGAAAGAAAAAUUAGAAUUAAAAAAAAUUGAAAUAGAAAAGGACGAACGAUUGCGUAUUUUGGAGCUGGAAAAAAAAGAGAGAGUGGAAAAAUAUGAAAUAGAAAUGCGGUAUAAAUGU